CUCAACAUCUGCUAUAUAUUUGACCUUUUCAUUUUGACAAGUCAAAUAUCAGUAAAUGAUGGAUCUCAUCAAUCGUGGUAUAGACAUUGCCACCAACCCGAAGCAUACAAGAUGGAUAUCGCCUUUAUUGCUAGCAACUGAUGCGGCAUUAUGUGCAUUGGUCAUAUGGAAGAUACCCUAUACAGAAAUUGAUUGGAAGGCCUAUAUGGAGCAAGUAGAGCUCUAUCUUAAUGGAGAGCGCGAUUAUCUAAAAAUCCGCGGCGGAACAGGCCCAUUAGUCUAUCCGGCCGCGCACGUCUACAUCUAUUCUGCACUCUAUCAUUUGACCAAUUAUGGACAGAAUAUCCUACUUGCUCAGUCAUUAUUCGCGAUUCUUUACCUGCUUGCAUUAGCAUUGGUCAUGGCAUGUUAUCGUAUGGCAAAGGCUCCCCCUUACAUCUUUCCUCUGCUGGUGCUGUCCAAAAGGCUGCACAGUAUUUUCUUGCUCAGACUUUUUAAUGAUUGCUGGGCUGUGGCGGCAUUGUUUCUGGCCAUCUACGCUUAUCAAAAACGACAAUGGACCAUUGGCUCAAUCGUUUAUGCAUUGGGUCUGGGCACUAAAAUGAGCCUCCUUUUGGCUCUUCCUGCCAUUGGGUUGAUCUUGUUCCAGGGCAUUUUUACAAAAAGGGCAUUAAAUCAGGCACAAAUCAUGUUGAAUGUGCAGUUGGCUCUGGCCAUGCCUUUUAUCGGCACUAAUCCCUGGGGCUACUUGUCACGUGCAUUUGAAUUCAGCAGGCAAUUUUUGUUCAAGUGGACUGUCAAUUGGAGGUUUAUUGGAGAAGAGACCUUUCUAUCGAAGAAAUUUUCCACGGCUCUACUGCUCGCUCAUGUGGUGGUUCUCCUCAUCUUCAUCAGUACACGCUGGACAAAGCCGCUGGGAUAUUCUGCUUCCCGGGCCGUUCAAGUGCUUCUCAGGACACCUCCUUUAAUUGAAGAGGCAGCAAUUUCCUCUCAAAUCACUCCGGACUUCAUACUCACCACAAUCCUAACUGCCAAUGCAAUCGGCAUGCUCUUUGCUCGAUCCCUCCAUUAUCAAUUCUAUUCAUUGAUUGCCUGGGCUACACCAUUCCUUGCUUGGAAGGCCGGAUACCAUCCGGUGUUGCAGUACGCACUUUGGGCUGCGCAGGAGUGGGCCUGGAACGUUUAUCCCAGUACUGAUAUAAGUUCCAAAAUCGUCGUAGGUGCUCUUGCCGUGACUGUCAACGGCGUGUGGUGGGGAACGAGAGAGAAAGCUCAGAAGCGAAGUGUCCCGUCUGAAGAACGCAAGGGCCAGUGAUAUUCCAGGUAGGCUCAUGGGGAAUGCUGGUGGGGCGCAGAAAUCGGAUCUAGAUAAAUAGCUCAUGCAUCGUCCUCGUCAUCGCUGGGCGGCAGUUUGCCGACGGUAGAUUCGUCCUCGUCACUCUCCUCCAAGUACGAAGAUUUCUUUGCAAAUUCCUGCGGCCUUUCGCGCCAAAUUAUAGAUGUUAGAACGAGAAGGUAGGAUAAAGUAUAUAGAUACUCGCAUACCAGUAAUUCAUCUUCCUCCAUUCCUUGUCGUUUCGAAUCACGGCCGCAAUUUCUCCGUCUAAUUUGUUUUCCCGAUC